UCUCAUAUGAGUCUGGUCGAAUUUUACUGGGUUGGGUAAGUCGCCAAGCGCUCGGCUCGAACUCCACGCAUCAUCGUAUAUUUCGCGUCGAAAAUCCUGUAUAUCUGCCGUCCGCAUGCCCUCCUUCGAAGCCAUUGUCCCGCUGGUGUAAAUCGUCAAACGGCGGAUCUGCAUCUCAAAAGGACACUUUUGCCCUAGCGAGAGAAGGGCUUAUACGUACUCGUCUUAUUCCUCGCGGCUCUCCUCUUCUCCCCAGCUCGGUUGGGUGCGACGCUGGAGGGAUUAAAGCAUUAUCCGAUAUCAAGGCGGAGGCAUACCGUCGGCUCGAUGGCGCUGCAAUGUAUGUGAUAUAAAGAUGCUGAGAAAGAAAUGUAGGCUAUGGUGGCCGGAGCAGCUGUUAUCUUCCCAGCCCAACUCAAAUCUCUUACUUUUUGGCUGGUAUAUAUGUUCUGUAAAUUCUCUCGACAUCAUUGUGGCUACUGCAAUUUCUCCACAUGAGAUUUCGCCUUGCCUUCUUCAAUCCAGUCUUCAGAUUCAGGAAAUCCUUCAUUCUGUAAAUGGAGCUAUGCCUCUGCGACUCCAAGAUUUGUCAACAAUCUCUAUUCUUGGACACUGCACUGCAGAUUGCACUGGUAAAGUUUUGAAAUUGAUGGGCACCCAAAACAAUGAUUCUCCCAGGAAAAGCAAUAGCGAGCGACUAGAAUGUCCUGGAGUGGAAGAAAAUUCUUCAUUAAAAACUCAUAGUGAUGACAGGGUGAAUCAACAGUGCCAUCAGAAACUAUUUGCAGACACAUCUGAUGAAAAUUGUGCAAGAUGGAAUUGUGGUUGCAAAAAGCUAGAUCAAUUUACAGAACCUCACCGGCAGUCUUUUAUUAGAAAUGGUAACUGGAUUCAAGUACUCUGUAAAUCCCAAAGAAUCUUGUGCAAAGAGAUCCCGGAGUUGCAUCACAUGCAUCUUAAUGGCGAUACAUUGUCAGCACAUGAUGUCCACCUUAUAAUAUAUGAGCUCCCAACCUAUGGUCGAAAUCAUUUCUCUUUGAGCUCUUGGGGUUCUUCUGGGCAUGUGGGAUCCCCUUUCAAGAAACCAAACUGGGUAAAUGAGCUUGACAAGAAACCAAUGCUUCUUGAUUUGGACUCAGUUAUGUUGGCACUUAACUGCGCAACGGCUGCUAAGGUACUGCUGGAGCAGCAUAUGGGUACCUUUGAUCCUGUGAUCCACUUGUUUUGGAUAUCCACGUUGGUAUCCACAGUAUGGCAAACAAUGGCUGUUUUGGUGGCCUCAGUUGCCACUGCUAGAUACAUCUUACUUCAAGCACUCUAUAGGUUUCUGAGUUAUGGAUCUCAAACUUUCUUCUUUAUCUUAUCCAAGAUGUUCGCUCACACGUGGAAGAACGUGCACAUACGCAGUUGUCAGUUCUUGUAUUGGCCAGUAAUUCUUCAAGGUACUGGUUUCAGUUCCCAAUCAAAUGUUGAAUAUGCACACAGAUCUGCAUUACGGAAGCACUUCAUGUGGUCUAAUGUUGCCAUGGAUGUUAUUUUUGGUAUUAUUAUUGGUCUAGCAUUGUUGGCUAAUGCUGAAGCUGUUUGCUUUUGGAUUUUGAUUGUGGUACGUGGCAUAACAGACAAUCUGUUGCGCUUGGGUUGUGUAUGGUUGAUGGGUGUUCCUGCAGGCUUCAAGCUGAAUACUGAACUAGCAGAGCUUCUUGGCAUGAUUUCACUCAAUGCAAUUCAAAUUUUCUCUACCCUCUGUUUCUUUCUAAGUACUUAUCUCAGUUAUUUCGUCGAGGGGCUUGCAUUGUCCGGAAUUGUCUUUGGCCUGACCGUACCAGCUGCUUUGUGCAUAGACAUGCUUAAGCUUGCAACAUUGCAUGUUUUGACUCUUCAUUGGUUGAUAUCAUUUCUCUAUUCACAACAGAUCCAGGCUUUAGCAUCUUUGUGGCGCCUUUUCAGAGGACGAAAAUGGAAUCCUCUUCGGCAGAGGUUAGAUAGUUACGAUUACACAGUUGAGCAGCAUGUCGUUGGUUCACUUCUUUUUACACCUCUCUUACUUCUUCUACCAACAACUUCUGUAUUCUACAUUUUUUUCACCAUGCUGAGUACCACCAUCACUUUCAUCUGCAUCAUGAUCGAGAUCACUAUUUCUGUCCUGCAUGCUACUCCUUUGGCUGAAAUCUUACUAUGGAUCGCACAAAGAAGGAGAUUUCCCUCUGGAAUAUGGUUUGAAAUCAUAUCUGGUCCAACUGCCUGUACUUAUGCAGGUGAUGGACUGUCAGGUGAUUCUCUGUCAUCCGAUUUGGAUGCAAGGAAAACAGCUUGCUUCUUCAAGGGAGGAUCAAAAACUUUGGUUUCACUUCUCCGUAGUAAUUAUGCUACAAUAGGUAAAAUUAUCGCACCACAUUACCGGAAUAUAUUCUGUGGGGUCAGGCCAUCCUUCGGCCCAUCAUUGGCAUAUGGAGUCCUCAGUGGUCAGAGAAUCCCAUCUACUUUGCAAACUAGUCUGCCUCCCACAUUGCCCUGGAUGAACAUUAACUUUCGCGAAUAUUGGAGGUUGUGCCAUGAUGCUGUGCUUUCAUUCAGAUUAUGAUGGUGAUUGCAGGCUAAAAUCUGCAACAUCCUGACAGAAUCUUGACGUGACAGAUUUUGCACCAUGACUCCCGCCUACUCCAAUCUUUUCUAUUGGUUUUUCACAUUGAAGCUGCUGAUUAACUUGGAUUUUUUUUUUUUUUUGUUGGGUUGGGGGGGGG